AUGAAUGCGAGGGAAGCGGCAGCGGCCGGCAAUUAUGGCGAAUCCGUGUUAAAUUAUUUAACUGUGCUAAGGACAGUUUCUGAUAUCAAGAAAAAAGAGUUUUCUUCUGAAUUUUGUCAAGCUUUGGCGAAACUGAUCGAUGACGAUUCGGGCUUUUGCAAAGAUAAGCGAUCGGUGUUUGAUCUCAGUCGGGAGGUUUUUCCUACAGACCCUGAAGUCUUAGAACUUUCCGUGCGGUUCCUCUAUUUUUCUGGGGCUUUAUUGGAUGCCUUGCAUAUUGCCAAGAAAUGUCUAACCUGUUGUGAAAAUAACGAACAGUAUAUACGUGCACUGGUUAACGCAGAAAAUAUUAAAUCUAAUGUCUUUGAUCAGUGGCAUUGGGCGAUGCUGAAUGACCAAAAACGGAACUCAUUAUAUGCAGAAGCACUUUCGUUAACGCUUCGUGAUAAUCCUCAAAAUCGUGUCUUGGAUAUUGGUGGUGGGACUGCCCUGCUAAGUAUUUUCGCUUCAAGAUAUUCUGAUUGUGUAUACUGCUGUGAAGUUUCGAGCAAUAUAUGCUCUCUUGCUAGAAGAAUUGUCAGAGACAGUGAUAAGAUCUGCAUCAUUGAAAGACAUUCAACCGAAAUAGAAUUAAAAGAGCUUGGUCAUCAAAAGGUGGAUAUUGUUGUAACCGAGACAAUGGACAGUGGAUUGUUUGGGGAAAAAAUUGUCAGCUCGCUGCUUGACGCACACCGCAGAUUGGCGAAGUCAAAUGCAGUUUUUAUACCUCACAAAGGAACUGUUUUUGGUGUUGUGAUUGAGUGUAAUCAAAUAUUUCUCGAACAUGUUGCUACGAUACGUGGAGCACAUUUCAUUUCCCGUUUUGUCAAGCCCAGUGGGAGUGAUGCAAAAGAACCAUAUUGGUGUUGUUAUGUUGACGAGACCAAAGGAGGCUUCUUACCGUUAACGUCACCUGUAAAGUUGGCGGACGUGUAUUUUAACGAUGCAGCGAAUCUAAAAAAACUGUCUGACGGUUUUUCGGCUAUUUCAAAAACUGUAUUCAACAAGAAAGGAAAUGCGCAUGCCUUAAUUGUCUGUUUAUUUAGGUGCGAGUUGCUUCCUGGAAUGCUGUUACUCUCCAGCAAUCCUGCAAGAAAAAGUUGUUGGCAGCAAGCAGUAUUUCCUUUCCCCUUCGUCCGUAAUAUUAAGUCUGGUGAUGAAUGUGCUAUAUCGGUAUUUAUCAGUCAAGAUAGAUUGUCCUGUGAGCUUCUCGACAGUUCAUUCUCUGAUCCUCUCCUGCCAGAACGCAGCGGAUCAGCAAACAUGGGAAAGGAAAUGCUGGAAACAACUACUAUGAUGGCUGACUUUUCAAAAGCUAAACAGAAAGGCGGUAUAGACACUGCAGAUAUUGGCACAGGACAGAGCAGGAAUAUUAGUUCUGCCUCAACGCUUUUGGAGGAAACCGAUUUCUUGUAUUUAAAUGACUGUUAUCUUGAGGAAUUCUUCUACAAGUGCCUGCUUGAUGUGUUCCAGCUUUCAUACAAAAUUGCUGAUCUAACAGAAAUUGCUUCAGUUUCUUUGAAACUGAAACAUUCGUUUCGUUUCUACUAUGGUAUUUGCUUCUACCAAAACCAUGACUACAUGACUAUUAUGGAACGUUGUUGUGGAAGUAACAAGAACAACGUUUUCCCUUAUGGCAGUUCAGAAUUUCCAUGUCAAGCGGAUGUAAUCUUAUUCUGGCCGCUGGCUUCACCGGGAUACUUGUGUGAAACGUCACUAAAUCGAGUGGUAGAUAUGAAAAUCAUUAACCCUACAGCUAUUGUAGUCCCAUCAAACAUCACUCUGUUCGGAGUUAUAGUUUCUUGCGGGCAAAUCUCCAAAAGGUCAAAACCGAAGCCAGAAGCAUACGCUGGGGCAGACUUAUCUGCUGCGGAAAGCUUUGCGAUUUCGUAUUACUAUGAUAUUGAGGAGCUUGCAUUGGAUUCCAGCGAGCUGCCCUCGUGCUUGCAGCAACUACGAAAGAUAACUGAAUUCAAAACUGUUUGCGAAGGUGUAGCUGACGGAAUUUUAUUUUGGUAUGACGCUUCAUUUCAUUCUUAUCGCUAUAGCUCCCUACUGGAGGAGACAAACGCUCGUUGUGGCAUGUUUCUAUUUGAUAAAAGUAGGGAGUUGCCAGCUGGAGAAAGUCUUGUAUUCAAAACUUCUCUGUACCAUGGCAACGUGAUCAUUGAAGAGGUGGUAUGACA